CCACAAAGAACAUUGUAAUCAUAAAUAACUAGUCAUUGUUAUUUGUAGAUCCAGCGAGUCAUAAUUGGACGGUGUUGAUCCUCUCGAACACGGCCAACGUCUUCUUUUCACUUCCUGCCGCCUCGACCAAUAGCGUCACGAGGUAUCCUCAAAGCUCGACGGUUGUAAGUAGACCGCUAGCUAAGUAAGUAGCCCCCAAAGAAGCUUUUUAAUAAGCACCGUCUGAUUUGGUUUCUCCCUGGGGUUUCGACGGUUUGGUUGAAAAAAAAACAACAACAUUUGGGUCGGGAGACAGUCCGUGUAACUGGGUCUGACACGGAAGAGGAGGGUUGUGUUGCAAUACGAAGCAGACAUCACCACUGGCUCCUCUUUGUUAAUUAGCUAGCUAAGUUCGCUAACUAGCCAGCGAAGCUGAUGGGAGUUCCUUCCUGUCAUUUUGAGUAUACGCCUGUUUAUAGACUGGGAAAUCACACUAUAGUGAACAGAAGAGGAGCUUCGUGUGUGAUUCAAAGUAUAUGGACAUAGCUAGAUAGCUUGCAAGCUAGCUACACCCACAGAUGUCUAUUGUGGCAAAGUUCAAUCUCUAACGUGGUUCUCUUGUUAGGCUCGCUAAUUAUUGAUUCUGGCAGGGGUAACAUGCAAGUAACCUGCUUGUUGUUGUCAUUGAGCUAUUUUGACAGCUAAGCCCAUCAACUGUAGUGGAGACAACCAGUUGUCAAGUCUCUGAACUCUAGUGCUUGUCCAUGAGACCACCCCAUGCAGGUUCCGGGAGAAGAAAUGCAUUGGACUAUAUGAUUUUUCAGGGACGUCAUUGAGAGCACAGGAACACCCACUUGUGUACAGACGUGUCAGAGAUGAAAUGGGUGCAAAGCUGUUUUGCUGGCCACAGGGUUCUCCUGGCAUUGCCAUGAUGCUGAGAGCCCUACUCCUUACAGGCCUUCUUAGCUGGGCCAAUGGCCAGGAAGGUCAGGCCAUGUUACCUGAAGAAAAGAGCAAAAUCAGGGACCAGAUCGUUGAGAUGUUCGAUCAUGCCUAUGGCAGCUAUAUGAAAUACGCGUACCCAGCGGACGAGCUGAUGCCCCUGAGCUGCAGGGGGAGGGUGCGUGGUCUGGAGCCCAACAGGGGAGACAUCGACGACUCUCUGGGGAAGUUCUCCCUCACUCUGAUUGACACCCUGGAUACUCUGGUGGUGUUGAACAAGCUGGACGAGUUUGAGGAUGCGGUGAGGAGGACGUUGAGGGAUGUCAGGCUGGACAACGAUGUGGUGGUGUCUGUGUUUGAGACCAACAUCCGAGUCCUGGGGGGCCUGCUGGGGGCACAUACGAUGGCAGACAUGCUCCGUCAGCGGGGGGAGAGGAUGCAGUGGUACAGAGAUGAGCUGCUCCACAUGGCCAAGGAGCUGGGCAACAGACUGCUCCCUGCCUUUAACACCACCAGUGGCCUUCCCUACCCCAGGGUAAACCUGAGGUACGGGGUCCUUAAUCCCCUGUCACGCACAGGCACUGAGUCGGACACCUGUACAGCCUGUGCAGGGACCAUGAUUCUAGAGUUUGCUGCUCUCAGUCGGCUGUCUGGGGAGGCCGUGUUCGAGGAGAAUGCUAGGAAAGCCCUGGACGUCCUGUGGGAGAAGAGACAGAGAGGAAGUGACCUCGUGGGCACAGUCAUUAAUAUCCACAAUGGUGACUGGGUGCGCAGGGACAGUGGUGUGGGGGCUGGCAUUGACUCCUACUAUGAGUACCUGAUGAAGGCUUACGUUCUGCUGGGAGACAACGUUUACCUGGAGAGGUUCAACACUCAUUACAGAGCCAUCAUGAAGUACAUCAGCCAGCCUCCGCUGCUGCUCAACGUGCACAUGCACAACCCCACGGUGAGCGUGCGCAGCUGGAUGGACUCCCUACUCGCCUUCUUCCCCGGCCUGCAGGUUCUGAGAGGAGACCUAAAGCCAGCCAUAGAGACCCAUGAGAUGCUCUACCAAGUCACCAAGCAGCACAAGUUUCUCCCCGAGGCUUUCACCACCGAGUUCAGAGUUCACUGGGGUCAACACCCUCUGAGACCAGAGUUUGCAGAAAGCACCUACUACCUCUACAAGGCCACAGGCGACCCCUACUACCUCAGGGUGGGCCAGUCCAUAGUGGAAAAACUCAACGCCCAUGCCAGGGUACCUUGUGGGUUUGCAGCUGUGCAGGACGUCCGGACGGGGGCCCACGAGGACAGGAUGGACUCGUUCUUCCUGGCGGAGAUGUUUAAGUACCUGUACCUUCUGUUCUCUGAGAAGAACCAGCUUCCCUUCGACAUCGACGACUACAUCUUCACCACCGAGGCCCACCUGCUGCCUGUCUCCCUGUCCACCUCACAGCCCCCUUGGCGGGGCAACAGCACGGAAGCGCCCACUGCCUUGGAGGAAGACCUGUUUACCUACUCCUGCCCCAGCACCCAGACCCUUUUCCCCAACAACCCCUCCUUCGCCAAGACCAUAAGGGACAGCUACAAGUACCUGACUGGGGUGGGCCGAGCCUUCCACGCGUCGCCUGUCAGGGGCAUCGAGCUGCCGCUUCACGACCACGGUAUGGAGCCUGUUGAGUUUCUGAGGAACAUGGGCAUCUCCCUCACCCCACUGAGCGAGGCUGGGGCAACAGGGACACCAGGGGAGGUACAUAAAGGUGUUUACAGGGUGAAACUGGUGGCAGAGGAGGAAGAAGUAGAGCCUCUCCUCGUUCAGCUCAUAUCCCCCCCGUUUCUGAGUAGAACGGUCCUGACUGCAGGACCAGCUAAGUUUGGAAUGGACCUUACCAAGCAGGAGCACGGGGUGAAGGGCAGCAUCGUGAAGACCUCCCCUUACACAGCAUGUGGACCCAUAGAGAAUGCUGAGGAGCUGAGCGGGCACAUUGCCCUGGCACUGCGUGGCGACUGCAUGUUUGCUGCCAAGGCCCACAGGCUACAGGAGGCUGGGGCUAUUGGAGUCAUCUUCAUAGACCACCGGGAGGGGAGUAACAGCGCAGAGACGCCCCUGUUCCAGAUGGUGGGAGACGGAGGGUCCACAACUGACAUCACCAUCCCCCUGGUGUUCCUAUUCAGCCAGGAGGGGGCGCUGCUCACCUCUGCACUGGAGGACCACAGCAACGUAGACGUACUGAUGCUGCCCAAAGAGAGGCGGCUAGGAAAGACAACAGACAAAGCAGACAAGCUCCUGGGGAAGAUGAACAUCAAGUUCCUCCUGGCGGAAGAGGGGGAGCUGGAAGACGGAGAGGCCAGAGGCCCCACCCUGCAGUUUGUCCUGGAGAAGGGAGAGGUAGUGUUGGAGGAAGAGGAGUACAAACAGCAAGGAGACGGCUGCUUGACACCUGGAGACGAUCAUAUGCCAUGUUUCUACGGACAAACUGCUGCCUCGCCUCCCUCCCACAGCGCCAACGACCCCAAUACAGACCCCUGAUCUCAGUUAGGUUCCUCAACCCCCUCCCACUGACCAAGGGCCUGGGCUCCCCAGCACUGAUCCCUGGUCGGUGUCCAGAGGCACGUUGAUGUGCCAGAGAGGGCCCUGCUGCACGCUCUGGACUGGACUGACUCAAAAGGGGACCUUAGCAGUGUGAUAGUCAAUCCCAUUGACUCACUCACUACCCCUUUUAAAAUCUGAAGGUGGUCUCGUACAGUUGACAGGUUAUUGGAACUGCAGUAUUUAUUAAUGUCUAGGAAGGGAUGGGCAUGGGGCAGGUAGCUAGUUAGUCUUACCUUGCUACUGUAGCCUCAAGCCAACUCAGUUGUGUUGUGGAGAUGACCGAUUUAGUCAGAUGAUUGUAAGAGAGAAUUGAUAACAACACAUUUCAGAGAAAUAGCUGAGGUAAGCGUGGGAGGGGAUAUUGGGCUGAUAUAGGAAACCCACUUAGGCCUUUGUGUUUGAGUCUCUGUACUGUAGGCUGGAUUGUGUUGAGCGGCUGCACUGACAAGGGGAUUGCUUUACUGUCCCCUGUAACAAGUUGGUAUCCUGUCAAUUCAGCGACGUGUGAGUGGAUUUACAGUGUGGCUAGUAGUGUUAUUUUGAAGAUGAAUAGGUGAGGAAUGGGCUCUCCUGACCAAAGGGAUGUGUUAACGCUCACAAGAACGCUUUUGGAAAAAGGAUAAGGCGCCAUUUUGGGUGAACCGAUGAGUUCAAUUUGAUUUAUUUUGUACUGGUAACUACAUCAGGGAAAUGUAAGAGUGAAAAAGAUGUGUGUGUGUGUGUGCAAUCGUUCCUACACUACCAAAUCAAUACCUUUUAUCGACCUUAGUCAUGCAUGUUUCAUUUUUCAAAUGUCAGUAGGUUAUGUAAAAACAAUACAUCAGUCCGAUUUCCGCAACAACUAAGAGCAUUGAAGCGCCAGGCUCAACUCUUCCGGCCGUUUUGGGUCCCGUAUAAACCAAGGUGUAACAUGCAGCCGCUCUCAUGCGCAGAUACUGUGUGAGGAGAAAGUCUUGCACUGCGCUUAACUACAUGUUUGUAGUGCUAUAAACCACGGUGUAACAUGCAGCCGCUCUCAUGGAUACUGUGUGAGGAGAAAGUCUUGCACUGCGCUUAACUACAUGUUUGUAGUGCUAUAAACCACGGUGUAACAUGCAGCCGCUCUCAUGGAUACUGUGUGAGGAGAAAGUCUUGCACUGCGCUUAACUACAUGUUUGUAGUGCUAUAAACCACAGUGUAACAUGCAGCCGCUCUCAUGGAUACUGUGUGAGGAGAAAGUCUUGCACUGCGCUUAACUACAUGUUUGUAGUGCUAUAAACCACAGUGUAACAUGCAGCCGCUCUCAUGGAUACUGUGUGAGGAGAAAGUCUUGCACUGCGCUUAACUACAUGUUUGUAGUGCUAUAAACCACAGUGUAACAUGCAGCCGCUCUCAUGGAUACUGUGUGAGGAGAAAGUCUUGCACUGCGCUUAACUACAUGUUUGUAGUGCUAUAAACCACGGUGUAACAUGCAGCCGCUCUCAUGGAUACUGUGUGAGGAGAAAGUCUUGCACUGCGCUUAACUACAUGUUUGUAGUGCUAUAAACCACGGUGUAACAUGCAGCCGCUCUCAUGGAUACUGUGUGAGGAGAAAGUCUUGCACUGCGCUUAACUACAUGUUUGUAGUGCUAUAAACCACGGUGUAACAUGCAGCCGCUCUCAUGCGCGGAUACUGUGUGAGGAGAAAGUCUUGCACUGCGCUUAACUACAUGUUUGUAGUGCUGCUCGUGGCAACGUCAUGACGCUGAGUCUACCAGCUGGUACUCUGCCGAUCUCCACCACUGCCCCUGUGCCACCAGACGGCCUAUAAUGCCAUGCACUUCAGCACACCUGUGUGACUCUUUGUGUGUGUGACUCUUUGUGUGUGUGACUCUUUGUGUGUGUGACUCUUUGUGUGUGUAGUUCUUUGUGGGUGUGUGAAUCUUUGUGUGUGUAGUUCUUUGUGCGUGUAGUUCUUUGUGCGUGUAGUUCUUUGUGCGUGUAGUUCUUUGUGUGUGUAGUUCUUUGUGCGUGUAGUUCUUUGUGUGUGUAGUUCUUUGUGUGUGUAGUUCUUUGUGCGUGUAGUUCUUUGUGCGUGUAGUUCUUUGUGCGUGUAGUUCUUUGUGCGUGUAGUUCUUUGUGCGUGUAGUUCUUUGUGCGUGUAGUUCUUUGUGCGUGUAGUUCUUUGUGCGUGUAGUUCUUUGUGCGUGUAGUUCUUUGUGCGUGUAGUUCUUUGUGUGUGUAGUUCUUUGUGUGUGUUCAUAGAGUUAUCUAGGUAGCUUUAUGAACUAGUCAUGGCUCUAUAACUGUAGAUGUUUUCAAUGAUCACCUUUGUUCAUAGAGGUAUCUAGGUAGCUUUAUGAAUUGAGUCUACCAGCUGGUACUCUGCCGAUCUUCACCACUGCCCCUGUGCCACCAGACGGCCUAUAAUGCCAUGCACUUCAGCACACCUGUGUGACUCUUUGUGUGUGUGACUCUUUGUGUGUGUAGUUCUUUGUGGGUGUGUGAAUCUUUGUGUGUGUAGUUCUUUGUGGGUGUGUAAAUCUUUGUGUGUGACUCUUUGUGCGUGUGACUCUUUGUGCGUGUGACUCUUUGUGCGUGUGACUCUUUGUGUGUGAGUUCUUUGUGCGUGUAGUUCUUUGUGUGUGUAGUUCUUUGUGCGUGUAGUUCUUUGUGUGUGUAGUUCUUUGUGCGUGUAGUUCUUUGUGUGUGUAGUUCUUUGUGCGUGUAGUUCUUUGUGCGUGUAGUUCUUUGUGUGUGUAGUUUGUGUGGACAGUAAGAAUAUUAGACUGUUAUUUUUCUCUGUCUCCAUCUUUCUUUUUGCAUUGUGUGUGUGUGUGUGUGUGUGUGUGUGUGUGUGUGUGUGCGUUAAGAUGCAGCAGCCAUAGCGUUUCUAUUUGUAUGAUCAGAUGCAGUCACUCACAUCCGCGUAUUGUAUCAUUCCUGAGUCUUGAUCUGCCAGGUGUUUUAAUCAUUUCUGCAUGGGUUUUAUAUUUAAUAUAUUUUAAGGUGUAAAAGUGGGUUAUAUUCCCAAUGUCCCUGUGGAAACAUGGGUAUGGUUUGUAUCGAGAAAGUGUUUUGUCAUCACAGAGUACAUGAUUUCUUCACAGUUAAUGUUUUGUGUAGUAGACCUCUCAUUGUUGCUGCUUACUUCACUUGAAGUCUUAAUCCACCACAGCCACCUAUAUACAGUACUUGUUGAUUUCAAGGCAAAGUCCAUCUGUAUCUAUGGUUUUUGUGGCCAUUACUGUUCACUCAGAGAAGAAAUGGACAUUAAAAAUUAUUUGUCUUUUUGGGGUAUUUAUUAAGGACAUUUUGGAAAUGUUGACUGAUCGGGAUAACUGAAGCUCAAAGUGCCAAAGUGAUUAUUUCUGAUAGUAGUAUCAGAUAAUGUACUUUGUCUUUUGAGAAGUAUUAUUUGAGUGCUGAAGCACCUGAUCUUGUCAAUAAAUUAAGAAUCAUGAUCUUAGUUUUUCUUCAUCCCUCAACAAAAUAUUACAAUGUAGAUGUUUUCAAUGAUCACCUUUGUUCAUAGAGUUAUCUAGGUAGCUUUAUGAACUAGUAAUGGCUCUAUAACUGUAGAUGUUUUCAAUGAUCACCUUUGUUCAUAGAGUUAUCUAGGUAGCUUUAUGAACUAGUCAUGGCUCUAUAACUGUAGAUGUUUUCAAUGAUCACCUUUGUUCAUAGAGGUAUCUAGGUAGCUUUAUGAACUAGUCAUGGCUCUAUAACUUUUGCAUGAAUGAGAUUUCAUUCUAUGUCUGUAACGGGGGUCUUAGUGAUGUAACACAAAAUAAUUAAUUCCAAGAUGACGUCAAUGGCCAUUAAGUGUCAUUUGUGGUCAUGACGACCACCACCUUUUGUUUGUGGGGAUUCAACCAUACUCCGACUUGGAUUUUUGGAUGAAAGCGACCAAAUUUGGAGCCCAGUAUCCGCUCAAAGGGAACUACUGGGAGCCCCAACCAUAUGUGUCCCAAGUGACACCCUAUCACCUAUGUGCUCCACUUUCAACCAAGGCCCAUCAACCGUAGUGCACUAUAUAGGGUGCCAUUUGGGAUGCACACAAUGUAUCACUUCACACAGAACAAAAACAGACUUUUGACUUUACAGAUGCGUGUGUGUGUGUGUAUUAAGGUUUACUCUAACCAUAGAUGUUGCCUUAAGGAAUAAAUUACAAGACCGUGUGCUUCGUAGCUUCUCAAUGAGCCAGGAUCCAGGUAUAUUUUUCAUUUAGUUCAGUAUAGGGUUGCACAUUUUGGGGAAUAUUGUGGAAACUUUCUGUGGGAAUGAAUGAAUGGGAAUAUGCUAAUGAAUAUUAAUACCAUUUAAUUGUAGAUGUUUUUUGCAUUGGAUAUAUUUACCAUAUCAUAUGGACACAAACAUAAACCUUUAACCUUUUCAUAAGUAGACAAUUGCAAAUGUUUUAAUCCUUCCAAAAUAUAUAUUUUUUAAUUAUUUAUUUACAAAUCUAACUUGAAUUAAAUGAGUUGACUCUU